AUGGUCCACUCCAGUCGCUACGGCACUUUCGAGGAUUACCACCACCCAACUCCGCCGUCAGGUCUACCAAUGGCUCCUCAGCUUCUAGAACCAACGACCAAGAUAAACACUAAGAAUCUACUCGAGAAGUGCAACGACACGGGAAUGGCCCUACCCUAUGAGCAUGUCGCUCUGUCUUGGAAGAACCAGGUUAAUCUGGAGUUUUGCAAAGGCCAUGCCGUAGGCUGGAUGUUUCUCAGUACACCGCGAAGAGGUUAUACGAUUCGGUCUCACCGUGGGAACCCGGAAGAUCAUGUCGCAUGGAUGAACUUGGUUUCCCUCAUCAGAUCACAAUGGAAACGAAGGACCAGGCUUGGUAGUGCACGGCGGCGCUCAGACCCAGAAACACGCAGCAACAGACUCGGCGUGAUUGUUGCCAGAGAGAACCAUUCAGGGACCGAGACCAUUUUGGUCUCAGAAGUGCUGUUCUACUCAGGAGCGGCUAUGCUUGGUUGUAUGGGACAAAACAGAAAGCAUGGCUUUUGGUCGGGUGCCAGGGCAGCGUUUGAUAUCCGUGGGGACGGCAAUCCAAUGUUCUGUUCGAAAAAGCCAGCUUCAGGAAAGGAUGGGCCCGCCUCGGAAUCAGCUGUAACGCGUCCCCAAAACCACGCAGGAAAGGAAAAAAUGACAGCACCAGUCAAGAUCGAACGUGUAUAG